AUGUCUAACGCCGAUGCUGAACUCAGCCGCCUUUUUGCUGGCACUAUCAAUACUCUGCAAACAACCCGAGAACGCAGCUCCCAGUGCAGUGCAAGAAAUGGCCCCCCAGUCUUUGGCAAAUUUGCCAACGUAAUCCAGGACUUCUUCACAAAAUGCUCCCGAUAUCAUGGUCAGGCUAUGAUAGGUCGGAACCUCUCUCAAGAGGUGAUUCCCACCAUGAAGAUCUGCGAGAGCAAUGCUGCACGCCUAAAUGAGACCCUCCGAACCGCCAUCAGUUGUUCCAACGCAGAGGGACAAUACCGGACAGCUGCGAAUCAGAUGAUAGAUAUCCUCAACCAUGCAAUUCAAAUCGCGCACAAUACGCAUUUCACGCGCGCUGUGGGCUCGCAAGUGCACGAGUUACGUCAAGUGCUAGGGGAAAUGAAGAAUACAGCCACAUCGUUCGAUUCUCGGUCAACAAAUGCCAUUACCAACUCUGGAACUGGUGCUGUGAAUUUUAACAGUGGGACUGGAUCUCAGUUUAACAAUAACGGCGGUGGUGCACAAUUCAAUGGUAGCAUUGACGGGUUUACAUUCUCGCCAUGA